AUGUCCUGGUAUUCACUAAACACAGAUGACUUGAGACGCCCAGUGCAAAGAACAUCCAGUCGCUCCUUAAGCAGUCAGCACAGCUAUCAAACUCCAGAAUUGGGGGAGUUGCAACGCAUGUUAUGGACCCCAGUUCCUUGCCGGGGAAAUGUCAACGAAGUCUGGCCUAACCUUUAUAUUGGAGAUCUCUACAUAGCCCGGAACAUAGACCAGCUGCGCCAUGGCAUCACUCAUAUUGUGAAUGCUGCCGCGGGAAGAUUCCACAUUGAUACGGGAGCCAAGUUCUACCGAGACCUGCCGGGAUACUCUGGGGUGGAAGCCGAUGAUGAUCCAAAGUUUGAUCUCAGCAUUUACUUUUACCCAACUGCUAAAUACAUUAGGGCAGCGUUGAACUCACCCAGAGGGAAAGUUUUGGUCCACUGUGCCAUGGGGAUAAGCCGCUCAGCCACCCUGGUGCUGGCUUUCUGAUGAUCUACGGAAAACAAGAACCUCGUGGAGGCCUUUAAAGACGGUGCGGAGAACAUAGAGGGGUCCUGCCCAAACACGGGUUUCCUCAGCCAACUUCGAGAGCUCGACCUCCGGUUGAUGAUGUGAAAAAGGGAAAGCAACGGGAAUCCCUUGAAACUUUAGAUAUAAAAUACUUGAACGUUGGGAAGUCCAAGAAGACCAAUUGUAUCACCUCAGAAAUACUUACAUACCUGUGAUGUUACAGGCAAUGUCAUGAAA